AUGAAACUGGAGGUUUGGGGGUGCCCGCGCCCCGCGCCGGGGGAGCUCGCUCAGCCCGGCGAGGCCGGGACGCGGGGAGCCCGGAGCGGCCGUGCGCCCUCCGCGGCUCGGGCCGACCCCCAGCGCGGCCUACGCGCCCCCGCCCCCGCCGCCGCCGCCGCUCCGGGCUCCGGGCCGCCGUGGCCGGCCGGCCCCCGGGGAGAGCGCGCGGCGGCCGGCAGGCACGAGGUGCGGACGCGCCGGCCCGCGGCCCGCCGCGCACACUUACUUGAGGGGCCGCGGGGCUCCAGGCUGGCUCGGAGGGGAGCGAGCGUUGUCACGGCGUCGCCCGGCCGUCGCCGCUCGCGCGUCCUCCUCGCCGCCGCGGCUUCUCCUCCGAGGGGUGGGCGGGGAGCUUCAGCGGGAGCCCCGGCGUCCGCAACUUCUCUUCACUUUCUCUUCCACCGGCCCCCGAGGAGGAGAGGAAAGGAAAGAGCAAAGAUGAAGGAGUGGAGGAGAGCCCACUGAAUCCAGCUACUGCUACCUGCGUGCACAUGAUUGUGGAACCAUCCACAGGAGCAUGGGUAACCUAGCAAUAUACACACUCCUAAAGAAAAAGGACACCCCCCCCCCAUCGACUACAUCCAUCAACUGCCAAUAGUUCCUCAGCUAUGGGAAAGCCAAAUGAACUCCUCCCCACUCCAUGCUGGAAUGUUGACUGACUUGAUCUCAUGCAAGUCUUGUGCUGGUAAGCGCAGCUGUUCUGAGCUCAUUGACCGCUGCCCGCUGCAAAAAGAAGCUUCUGACCCAGGUUGAGUAGCACUAAGACGUGGCAUAAAUGUAAAAAUCUAAAAGGCAGUUUGACAGCAGACAGUGGAGUUUCCCCCUACGGCCAUGAGCUUUACACCAUAGUACAGGCAUGAGUCCUUCAAAUCCAAGCAGAAAACAGCUGGUUGUCCUCAUAACAGUCAUGCCACUAUUGCACAGGAAGGGGCAUCUUGCCUGGCAGGUUGGCACUGUAAUAUGCAGGGUCCACUGCUGGGUAAGUCCACUGAUGGCUUUCCUUCCUUAGUGGGGCUGCAUAGUACCUUCCAAUACUAUGAAAAUUGGCCAGCAAGGAAAAGGUUUUUAGGUCAGUUCCAGAUUGAUUAUUUCUCCAUAUCCUGCAACCAAAGUGUGUUAUAUCUUCAGCAAUAAGAUCUUAGCACUGGAAAGACCUUUGCAAAGCAGUACCAUUCACCUUGGACAAGUUAAGACUGAGUCUGUAAAAGCCAUCCACAGUGAGGAGAGAAUUUAUCAUGGGCUGGCUUACAAAGUAAGCAUAAAAGGGUGUCAUUUGAAACCUGUUUGAGAUAAUCUUGGAAUGCAUACCUUUUAAAGGGCUGUUUCACAUAGCAAGCAAGAGUAAUCUGUAGUGAUCUGGGUGACAUUUGUAAGCAAAACCUGACACCGAAACAGAGUUAUACUAACAUUUAGGGGUAGUGUUAGCUAGAACAACUCUGUCCUCUAACAAAAUACCAUGGUGACAGAAAUCACGUGCUAGGCCAGAGGGGAUGGCUCACACUUGUAAUCCUCGAGUCAGGAGGUUGAGGCAGAAGGUUCGUGAGUUUAAAGUCAGCUAGAUUGUACAGUGAGAACUUGCUCAAACAAAUAAAUAAAUAAAUAAAAGUUGUGUAUUAGAUAGCUGAGGUCCCAGGUAGCAAUACCUCCAUUCCAAAGAGAUAAUAUUAACACAGAGAUUUCGGGGAGCACUUGGAUGCUAUACUGUCCAGGUAUCACUGAAUUAACCAGAGAAGAUGGAUAGUAAAUACCUUCAAAUUUACACAGAAAUUUCAGAAAUAAUUCUAUGAAUCAGAAGAAUUAGAAAACUAUAUACUAUUUGGAGAAUAUUUGAAGAUAUGUGCUGGAAUAGAAAUAUUUUUUUCAAAUAGGGUUUCAUGAAGUCUUGGCUGGCCUAGUAUGUGUUAAGUAGCCAAGGCUGGCUUUAAACUCCUGAUCCUUCUGGCUGGUACAGGCGUGAUAACAUGUCUGGUGUUUUGUUUUGUCAUUAUAGAUCAAGCCGGCCUUGAAAUGGUAGCAGUCUUCCUGCUCAGGCUCCUGAGUACUGGGCUAUAGGCCCGUUCCCCCAUGCCCAGCACUAGCAUGGAAAUCUUUUUUUUUUUUUCA